AUGGAAUCAGCAAUUAGAAGAAUUCAACAAAUUAGUAACUCAUUUAUUUUACAAACAAAUAAUGUUUCAAAUAUCGAUCCACAAUUUAUCGAAGCUCAAAAUUCAUUUAAUCCACAAGCUUUAUACAGAUUUUUAUUCCCAUAUGAACCAGAAUUAAGAAGCAGAUUAGCCGAAGUUUGGAAAACUGACAAAUUAUUGUUAAAAGAUUCAUUUGGUUUAUCAUUAGAAGGCGAAAGAGAACAAUCAUUCAUUCAAUUUAAAAGAUUAAUGGAGGUUCUUCGUCAAAAUUUUAGUCUCUAUGAUUUAGAAAGAAAUCCAAGAAAACUUGCAGUAUUUACACAAAGUUAUAGAUUUGUUAAUAUAAGCGUUACAACAUUAAUAGGUGUACAUUUUUCAUUAUUUGGUGCAUCAAUUUUAUUUUUAGGUUCCAAUGAACAAAGAGAAAAAUAUAUUAAAAAAAUUGAAACAUUAGAAGUUGUUGGUUGUUUUUCAUUAACAGAAUUAGGACAUGGUUCAAAUGUUCAACAGAUUGAAACAAUUGCAGAAUAUGAUCACAAUACACAAGAAUUUAUUAUAAAUUCACCAACUAUUACAAGCCAAAAGUAUUUUAUUGGUGGUGCCGCUAAAAAUGCAUCACAUACAAUUAUUAUGGCUCAAUUAAAAGUUGCAGGUAAAAUGGAAGGUGUACAUGCAUUUGUAGCAAGAAUUAGAAAUGAGGAUGGUUCGGUUGUAAAGGGUAUUAGAAUUUCAGACUGUGGAGUUAAAAUGGGUUUAAAUGGUGUAGAUAAUGGUCGUUUAAUGUUUGAUUGCUUAAGACUCCCAAGAGAAAACUUAUUAUCACGUUUUGGUGGUGUAAACAAAGCAGGCAUUUAUAGUAGCCCAAUUAAUCCAGCUAAUAAGCGUUUCGCUCAAACUAUAGGUGCAUUGGUUUUAGGUCGUUAUUUGAUUGCUAUUGGUUCUGUUGCUUUUAAUUCAGUUGGUUUAACUACCGCUUUAAGAUACUCAUUCUCAAGAAAACAAUUCAGCGGUUCUGAUCCAAAACAAGAAAAACAACUUAUUUCCUACAGCUCACACCGUAAACGUCUUUUACCUCAUUUAGCAAAUACCUAUGCCAUCCAUUUCUCAAAUAAUUAUCUUUUAGAUUUACUCUGUGAAAAAGAAAAGAAAGACAAAGAAAUUCAUAUUCUAGCAUCUGCUCUUAAAGCUUAUGGUUCAUGGUCAUCUCGUGAUUGUCUUCAAGAAUGCAGAGAAGCUUGUGGUGGCCAAGGUUUCCUUUCAGAAAAUUUAAUUGGUAACUUUAAAUCAGAAACAGAAAUUUAUACUACUUUUGAAGGUGAUAAUAUUUUACUUUAUCAACAAGUAGCCAAGUUUGUACUCUCAGAAAGUAGAAAGAAUCCACCACCAGAAUAUGAAGCUCCAUCUGAUUCCAUUAAACAAAAAACAGAUAGUCAAUUCCUUAGAUCAUUUGAAUUUCUCCAAAAUGCUCUCAAUGCCCGUUUUGCUCAAUCAGUUGCUUAUGUUACAGAAAAACUAAGUGAAUCAGUUGCUGAAGGUAAACCAAUUAUGGACUCAUGGAAUGAUAAUUCACCAUUCAUCGUUAAGCUUGGUCAAGUCUAUACAGAAAAAAUAAUUUUACGCAAGUUUAUUGAAGGUAUUAGUGGUUAUUCAGAUGAAAAAGCACAAGCUGCUUUACAAUUGUUGGUUUCACUUUACACUUUAAAUAUUAUCGAAAAAGAUCCAUGGUUCCUCAAAUAUGGUUAUAUUUCUUCAGAACAAGCCGAGGCCAUUACUGUUCAAGUUUUGGAAAUCUGCAAAGAGUUGGUUCCACACUGUAUUUCGCUUACUGAUGCUUUAGGUUUUGAUAAUGAAACCUUGGGUCCAAUUGCAAAUGAUUGGAUUAGUAAAAAUAAAUUUUAA